AUGGGGCAGACGCCGCCAGAGCUGAGCCGACGGGUGCAGGCAAGCUCCUACUUUUACUUGCAGUUUGGGUUAUUUGCAUCGUGUUCUGUAGACUGGAGCGGCCACGGAGGUCUUCGAAGGCGGAAUACUGUUGAUGCUGGCCCAGAGCAUGAGGAGCCCGACUUCGAGGCCAGCGUGUCGGAUGCGACAUCUGGCGUGUGUGCUGACAUCUUUCGUGAGGUCUGUGACUGGAUGUCGGACAGCCAAAGCGAGGCAUGCCAGAACCCCGACUGGAUGCCACCUCCUUGGCAAGACUCUCCGCACAGUGGACUGGUGUUGGGCCACGAGCUGACGGGAAAGGCUCUUUCUUCAGGCUCGCCGGGCAGAGGUCCUAUCACUGUGUACGUGAGAUCGCUCAAUGGCAAACUCCUGCUAGAGCUGCCGCAAGCACGUUAUCGCCACCUGCUGAUUCUACCUUUGAAGCACUUCGUGUGCGGACUCCUGCACAUCUGUCCAAAUACCUGCUUCAAAAUCGGCUUACCGCGGGAUCCGAUGUGGUGGAACUAG